GGCAUCAGGACAUGCAAAUAUACCUAGUAGGUUAGGUUUUAGAUUUUGCCUACUAGGAGUUGGGGAAGUCUAGGGUCUUUACAUGACAAUAUUCAUGUAUGAGAAUGCUUUUAGCUUGAGUGUAAGAAAAACACAGUAGAUAAUUAAUUUAAUAGAUAGCUCAACUCUGCAUUAUUGUGAUAAUUUGCAUUAUUGUUCAGUUUGAAUCUGCAACCACUGGAUAAGCAGUAUAUACUUAACAGUAACAGUUUAUUACAAGAUGCAAUAGCUUUAUAUAACUAAAAAAAUAAAAAUAGCAUUUUCUGCUCCUGCUUUAUUUAUUUGUCUUAAAUUUUGGCUGAAUGAAUAUUACAAAGUACAAGAUUGAAUAUCUGAUGAGUUGUUAAAGACUACAGAAAAGAAAUGAACUUGACACUUUGUACAUCUAAAUAGAAGCAUUAAUCAAACGGCCUCUUCCUCAGAGGAAGGUCAUAACCUGGUUGUUAGUGAAGAGAGAGUGUGAGAGAGAUUUAAUGGCAAAAGAGGCAGAAUGGAAGGAACAGAUGGACUUGGGCGGAUUAAGUGAAAUCUGGGUGGGUCUCUGAUAAAAAUUCACUCAAGAGGGGGAAAAUGAAUAAAAGAAAGACAUCGAGACAGUGAAGUAAUAAACAUGAAACUGAAGAGAUUCAGAACUGCAUAAAUGAAGAGGUCUGUGUGUGGAAGACUCUGCGGACCAGAAGAGACAGAUGUACCUUUCUUCCAGAGAUUAACUGAGAUCAUGAAGGAUUACAAAGAAAUUGGAGAUGGUGAUUGAGACACAGAAUUAAGAAAUUCACCGAAAAUUUUAAUCCAGCAAGAAAUCAGACCAGCAUGAAGAUCUUUGUUGACUGCCAGGCUCAUCUGUGUUGACUUUCUGGGAACUUACAGAAGCAUCAGGUUAACAGCAUCUUUCCGGCAUGCUGGAGCAUUUGUCUCGGAAAAAACGUUCCCUCCUGUCCCUCUCACUGACCUCGCUUGCCCUGGCGCUCUCUGUCUUGGCUUUUUGCACCUCAUACUGGUGCGUGGGAACGCACAAAGUGGUCAAACCUCUCUGUCUGUCACCUGUCAAAAUGAAGAACUGCGGACAGAACGACAGCCAGCCUUACACAACAGAAGCCCCAACCAUAGACCCAAAAAAAGGGGAUUUCAAUGUGACAAUGUCCCCCACGCAGAAAGAGGAGCUGGCGCGUAUAAAAGCCCAAAAUCUGGCAAAUGCAGUUCACUACAUCUGGGAGACAGGAGAGGAUAAAUACAUGCUGCGUUAUUUUCACACCGGAUUCUGGCUUUCCUGUGAGAAGCACAAUGAUGGUAGAGGUGAAAAAUGUCGGAGCUUUAUUGAGCUGACCCCAGGAGAAACACAGGGAGUUCUGUGGCUUUCUGUGAUAUCUGAGUUUGCGUACAUCGGCCUGCUGGCGUUGGGCUUCUUAAUGAUGUGGGUGGAACUGCUGCUUCUGUGUCUGAAUAAGGAGAUGUAUGCCCUCAAGAUCAACGCUUUCGCUGCCAUCUGUACCGUACUGUCCGGCCUGAUGGGAAUGGUGGCACAUAUGAUGUAUACAACCGUGUUCCAGAUGACUGUGAGCAUUGGCCCUAAAGACUGGAGACCUCAGACGUGGGACUAUGGCUGGUCAUUUGCUUUGGCGUGGAUCUCCUUCAGUUGUUGUAUGGCAGCCGCCGUAUUCACCUUAAACUCGUACACCAAAACCCUGAUCGAAAUGAGGCACCGUGCCCGGAUCCGCCUGGAGGAGGCACGCACCACCAACCACGCCCCACCGUACGAUGAGGUCAUCACGGCGGGUGGUGGAAGCCUGUAUUCUGUCAGCCGUCUGGUUCAACAGUGCCACAAGGGUGCACUCAUGGACACCAUGUGGCCCCUCAAAGAGGAAGUGCCUGAUGGGCCUAUGCCAACUGCAAAUCCUCAUGGUCUGGUACUGAUGGGGGGAUGCGGAACAAAGGGGUGUGAGGACUAUGAGGAAGACCUGGAUGAAAUGGAAGAUGUGUCGGAUAGGGAAGAUAGAGGAGGGGCGGAUGAAAUGUGCUGAGGUGAUGAAUGAAAAGGACAGAAAUGAUAGCACAGUGCGAUACAAGGCUCUGGUAUGAACGACAGAUGAUCACACAUGAUCUUGAAAAUAUUGUGUUGUUACAGAUCAAUUGUGCAUUCAUACCAGAUAAACUGCUUGGAGUUUGUUCUUAUCAUCAUACACAUCAAUGGCUUUGGAUAAUUGAUCUGCUGAGAUGAGAAAAUGUAUUUUACCACUGAAAUAUUGAAACACUUCAGCUUUCAUUUGCUGGUUUAAGCUGUUCUCUCAGCGGGAAUAUUAAGAAUUUGUAUGUAUAUAUUAUGUACACUGCUGUAUAUCUGUGGUGAAUCGUUUUAUAAUCCGGAUACAUGGGCAAAUACAGUGUGGUGUAUUCUCCCAUGUUUUAAAGUGCUAUAUAAAUGUGUCUUUUUAAA